CCCCUCGCCCCUUGGCUCCUUGCCAUCUGCCUGUCCCUGUUCCUCGCCGACAGCAUCCCGCUGCCGUUGUCUCCCCUGCCGACUUGGCUCCGACAUGGUCGUCAGCACCCACGACUCGGACGACAUGCUCGGCAUCGAGGUCCAGCCCAUCGAGUCGAUGGAGGAGGAUGCCGAGAUGGUCGAGGUGUCCGCAGUCGAGCCCGAACCUGUUCAGCCCGAGCCAGCUCUGCCCGCCGACCCCUUCGACCCUUGGGUCCAUCCGGUCGAAGCCUUCAUCCGGAUGGCCCGCGACGAGCCCGAUGCCCUCUGCAUCAACACCUACGAGAGCGGCGAGUCUGUGCGCUACUCAUACCGCGAUGUGUGGAAACAUGCAUACUCAAUCGCCCAGGCUCUCAAGGCGCUUCCUGGCUGGAACGACGACGACCACGAGGUCGUCGGCACCUUCUGCGAAGGCGAGGCGCACUGGGUGUUCUUCUCGCUCGCCGUGUGGAUGCUGGGCAAGAAAACACUCAACCUCGCUCUCAACUUCCCUGCCGCUGUUCGCAAGACUCUGUGCGAGAGAUACUCCAUCAAGUACAUCCUCUACCACCACAACAAGCCUGGUCGCACCAUUGGAGUGACACUGGUCGAUGCCACCACGUUCCCAGUGCUGGACAACGUCCCACCCCCAUCUCUCGAAGUCUGUGAGCCCCUUGAUGAUUAUGUCACCAUCCAGUGCACCUCUGGAACAACCGGCAUCCCCAAGUCCUUCAAGUUUUCACACUUUGGAGGAAUCACAACUCGAUCCGCCAUCGGGAUUCUGAACUGUAGUAUGGGAAUUCUGCAACCUCCAUCAUUUGUUGCAACAUUCGGUUGUCUUCCAAGUGCGCUCAAUUUGAGAGGAUCUUUGUGGAUUCCAAGCCUAACAUUCAAUGCCAUUGAGAAAGCAAAGAAUGUCGCUCAACUCUUAAACGACGGCGUUGCAUAUAUUUAUUUGACACCUUCGUUCAUGAAGCUCGUCAUUAGCACCGCCACUUCCAUGAACUCGGAUGGCAGGUGGAUGGAAACAAAGAAAGUAAUGUUGGGUUCGGAGCAUAUUCCAAUGAGCGUUGUUCACAAGACGAGAGAGAGCUUCCCAAAUGCCUCGAUUCAAUCGCUCUACGGAUCAAGUGAGACGGGAGUUAUUGGGGCACUAUCAUUUUUGCAUAUCGCCGCAGAGAGUCAAGUUCCAGAGAAAUUGGUCUACAAGUUGGCCAAGCCUGGGGUGCGCUGCCUCUUGUUUGACGAGAAAGGCGUGAUCAUCGACCGACGAUCAUCAAACAGCGGAAUUCUGGUCUUUGCCGUCGAUCCCGAGCAUCCUGCCAAGGACCAUCCCAGCUUUGUCAACGCCGAUCCCAACGACAGACUGGCUUCCUUUGGCUUCCUCGUGGAUGGCUCGCCCCGAGUCUGCACCAUGGACUGGGUCGAGAUGGUUGGUGAGAACGAGUUCAGUGUUGUUGGAAGAUUCGACCAGAAGAUCAAGGUCAACGGUGUCUAUGUCGACCUGAACUACCUCAGGGAGCUUGUCCACAAGCACCUGUCCCAGGUCAUCGCCGAUUGCUACUUCAUCCACACCUCCGAGAGAAAGAUCAUCUUGCUCUACGUCCUUCAGAAAGGAUCCAAUCCCGACUUGAUCUCGGCCGAUAUCAUUCGAGUCGUCGAGGACAUGUUGUUGCUGCUGAACGUCUCCAAGUUCCCCAUCCACAACUGCCUCAGGCUCCACGAGCUCCCCUUCAACGACUCGGGCAAGGUCGAUCUCAAGAAGCUCAAGCGCAUCGCCGAGAACAUCGAGCAGUACGGCCAGGCAGUCGAUUACCCACCCCUCAUGGUCACCAGGACGUUCUUGAUCAAGAUUGCCUUCAAGAUCUCCGAGUUCAGCAGCCAGAUCCUGGACAGUCCUGGUCUGUACGGUCGCAACUUUUACAUUGGCGGUGUCGGCUUUGACUCGCUGAGCAUCGGCCGCCUGGCCAUCGCCAUCAAGGAGGAGUACGGUGUCGAGAUCUCGCCAAUGAUCCUGCUGUCGAACAGCAUGAGUCCCAAGAAUGUCGCCCAGCUGGUCGUCGACAUUCUCGACGACAAGCUGGUGAUUCCGCCGACAAUCGAUCUGGCUGCCGAGGCUGCCAAGCUCGACGAUGCGAGUGUGACGGCCGAGGGUUUCCCUCCGUUUGUCUAUCCCAAGGAGGUCCGCGGCAUCGUCCUGACGGGUGCAACCAGCUUCCUCGGAGCAUUCCUGAUCUUUGAGCUGGCACACAAGUUCCCUCGGGCCAAGAUCUACUGUCUGGCACGAACCGAGACCGAGAAACUGGCCUUCCUCCGCACCUACUCCAACGCCUCGAGGCUGGUGAUUGCAUCGCGGAACAAGAACGAUCCGUGGUAUGACGUGCGAGACCGGUGGGUUGGUCUGCGCGGCGACGUUUCCAAGGAGCGAUGGGCACUCUCGGACGAGCGAUGGAAGGAGAUUUGCGAAGAGACCGACAUGAUUGUGCACAACGCCGCCGAGGUGCACUGGCUCUACAACUAUAACACGCUCAAGGCAACAAACGUCCUCAGCACGGUGACGGUGCUGCAGCUGGCCACGACGCACCAUCUCAAGGUGGUGCACUACAUCUCGACCAUCGGGACGAUUGCCAUGGCCAAGGGCUCCGACAAGCCGCUCGAGGAGAAAAUGUACUCCAACUGGAACCUGUCGGGCGGCUACUCGCAGACCAAGUGGGUCUCUGAGCAGCUGAUCAACAAGGCACGAUCGAGGGGAGUGCCUGCAACCAUCAUUCGGCCAGCGAUGAUUGCUGGCGACAGCGGAUACGGAGUGUGCAACACAGACGACUAUAUCUGGCGAUACAUCGAGGGAUGCAUCAAGCUCGGCGUUUGCCCGGCAAACGCCAGUCCCGUCACUUGGACCAUGGAUCCCGUCGACCAUGUUGCCAAGGUGAUUGCCGAGAUUGUCAGCUCGGAGGAGGCGCUGUCCAAGUUUGUGUUCCACAUCAGCGACUCGGAGCACAGUGUCAUCACCGAGAAGCGUGUCUUUGAGAUUGCCGAUUCCGUUGGCUGGACCGUCCUGCAGGACACUCGCGAAAAGUUCAGGACCAUCAUCUGGCGCAACCCAUCGCCCGAUAACCACGCCCUGCUUGCGUUCAUGCGGAUGCUGAUGGACCUGUCCUUCAGGGUCGACAACACCAACACUCGCUCGAUCUACCCGACGCCGUGUCCCUCGCCCGAGCUGGUCGUCAGGAAGAGUCUCUUCCACUUGGAUCGGGUGUCCUAUCUCGACCAGCCCACGGCGGCGGAGACCGAGCUCAAGGACGAGGAGUAUCCCGAUGUCCGUCCCUUCACCCGCACCGGCCGCCACUGAUGUGUCUGUGUGCUGGCUGGGCGGCCGCCAUCGGUCGAUAGUGGGACAUUCGGCUGCCGUGGCCUCCGAGCCUCGAAUCAGGUUUCCCGUUUCUUGAACCCCGUUUCCGUUUCCGUUUCCGUUUCCCCUUUUCCGCUUUCCGUUUUACUCAACGUCCGUGAAUGAAACACCUCCACCUCCCCGCUUUGUUUCGUGGGCGAGGGCCUGCUCGGUCGUCUCAGUCCAGCUGUUCUGCAAGUCGUCAUCGCACAAACAACCAAUACACUGGCCGAGGUUUCAGAGUUCCUCCCUCAGUCCCCUCCUUGUGUCUGCGCCGCAUCGACCGGCCACUCUUGUUGUCGACCAGGUGCGG